AUGGCGAAACCCAAAUCCGAGGGAACGGACUCGGAGAGUGGACGCGUGAGGAAGGGGUUAAGUUGCAGAAAGUUGUCCCGGGAGCCCGAAGCCACGGCGCCCGCGCGGGACUGGCCCGCGAGGCUGGAUAAUUGCUUGAGGAGAAGAGAUGCUGGUUUGCUGAAUCAGUUGCAAGAACUUGACAAGCAGAUAAGUGACCUGAGGCUGGAUGUUGGAAAGACAGCUGAGGAGCAGCUGGAGACAGACAGCCGGCCUAGCUCAGGGUUUUAUGAGCUGAGUGAUGGGGCUUCAGGAUCCCUUUCUAAUUCCUCUAACUCCGUGUUCAGUGAAUGUUUGUCCAGUUGUCAUUCCAGCACCUGCUUUUGCAGCCCCUUGGAGGCAGCUUUGACUAUCUCAGAAGCUUGUCCCAAAUCUGCAGAUCUCAUAGGAUGGUUGGAAUGUAAAGGCAGCCGUGAAGACCAGGCCUCAGGGGCGAUUUGCAGUUCCCCCUCCACACCACAAUUUAAUUCCCUUGAUGUCAUUGCAGAUGUGAAUCCUAAAUACCAGUGUGAUCUUGUGUCUAAAAACGGGAAUGAUGUAUACCGAUACCCCAGUCCACUUCAUGCUGUGGCUGUGCAGAGCCCGAUGUUUCUUCUUUGUCUGACGGGCAACUCUCUGAGGGAAGAGGAGGUGCUUGGGAACCAUGUCAGUGACAUUUGCGUUGGAUCUGAACUGAAUGCUGCCAAAACAGAUAACUCCCUGCCAUCUCCAAGCAGUUUGUGGUCCACUUCUCAUCCUUCAUCCAGUAAGAAAAUGGAUGGCUACAUCCUGAGCCUGGUCCAGAAAAAAACCCACCCUGUAAGGACCAACAAACCUAGAACCAGUGUGAACGCUGAUCCUACCAAGGGGCUUUUGAGGAAUGGAAGUGUGUGUGUCAGGGCCCCUGGGGGCGUCCCACAGGGCAGUGGUGUGAACCUUAAGAAUACCAAACAGAUGUGUUUGCCCUCUGGGGGAUUCGCCUCUUUGGAAAACGGGCCAUUCUCCCCACCUAAGCUGAGGCCAAAAGACUCAAAGACGGAGCAGUUGGAAAGCAAGAGGCUGGCUCUGCCGGAGGGAUGCUCGGCAGGCGCUGCUGUGGAACCCCAAAGCAAGCAUGUGCCCCAAACCGCCAAGGUAGCCUCUCAAGAGCUCGCGAGGUGCCCGGGGGCGCUGGGAGAGUCCCCGAAGGAAAGCAACCAGGUCUCAGCCGUUUCUCCUAAAGGGAGUCCCGGCAGAGGCCCCGCGGCCCCGGCAGACGGCAAAGCUCCGCCGCCCCAGAAGAAGAUGCCGCCGAAGAGCGGCCUACAGGCCUUGCCGGCGGUGGACAGGCCCGUCUUGGACUUCAAAAGCGAGGGCUCCUCUCAGAGCCUCGAAGAAGGGCAUCUGGUGAAAGCUCAGUUCAUCCCAGGGCAGCAGGCGGGCACCAGAGCUCACCGCGCACACAGGAACCCGGGGUCGCUCUUCCACUCCACCGUGGUGGACACGAGCGAGGACGAGCAGAGCAACUACACCACCAACUGCUUCGGCGACAGCGAGUCGAGCGUGAGCGAGGGCGAGUUCGUGGGCGAGAGCACCACCACCAGCGACUCGGAGGAGAGCGGGGGCCUGAUCUGGUCCCAGUUUGUCCAGACCCUGCCGCUUCAAACGGUCACGGCCCCAGACCUGCACACCUGCCCCACGAAAACCUUUGUCAAGAUCAAGGCUUCGCAUAACCUCAAGAAGAAGAUCCUCCGCUUCCGGUCUGGCUCUCUGAAACUGAUGACGACCGUCUGAGGAGCUCCUGUAGCGAGUGGCUUCCCCUACCCCCUAGUCUCUGGAAAAAAAGAAAAAAGGAAAAAAGAAAAGAAAAGAAAAAAGGUGGUGUCUCAAUAUUUGUGUCAUACUCCAAUGGGAUACUUAACCUUUUAUUAGGAUACGCCCAGGAUAAGUUAUGUCUCAUCGUCGUGUGUGGACGCUAGUGCCUUUGAUGGAAGGUGAAGGAUGUAUCGCUAGUUAGAAGUGAAUACUGAGGUCUUAAUGGUGGUGAUAGUGAACGAUUUUGAUUAUCAGCUGGGUUUUGGUUUAUACUGUCCGAGCGUCUGGCAAAGUACAGGUUUUUGAUGUUCAGGUUUUAUUUGGAUGAGACCUUUUGUCUCCAGGGUCCGUGGAUGGAAUUUUUAAGAAGUGAACUCUCUCCUCGAUUCUUUAGGGCUAUUCCCUGAAAGGGCUUUCCAGUUGAGGGGCAUUACAUAAAAUUGUGUAGAACAGGUAGAAAGAUGGUUCUUGCUUUCGGGAAAUUUUUUAAUGUAGUCAACACUUCUCAGAGGCCUACCCCCCCCUUUUUUUUUUUAACAGGAUUUAGAACUUGUAGACCACCAGACUGUGAAUCGGGAGGUGGCAACCAGGACAGGGACACUAACAGGAACUUAAAAGGAUUCACAAAAACCUUUGCCAAGUGUAGUGCCCCGGUCUGUUACAUUAACCCUCCUUCUCUCGGGUCAUAUAUCCAGCAAUUCUUGAUGCCUUUCUACUCCUAACUUGUAGCCAGUACAACCGUUUGUCCCUUAGAGGGCUUGCCUUGGGGAUUAAAUGUUUGAAUCAAAGACCUUGACCCUUAAUGGGCAUGACUCUAAGCCCAGAAUUACUCACCGAGAAUAGUGCCACCUAAGCUCUGGUUUCAACAUUAGUGCUUUCCAGUUCCCAUUGGACCACUGACUUAUUUGGAAGGGCUUUAAAUUUUUUUUUAAAGUUUUUGGUAAACAGUAUUGUGUAAA